AAGCAGCAUUCGUGUAUUUUUUUAAAUCGAGACUACAGCACACGACAGAUUCAUUUAUGAUAAGUUUUAAAACGUGACGAACAGUUAUUAUAUUUUGCCUACAAUAACAGUUGCAGGUUUUAUCAUCAUGGCUGAUGUAAACAAGCUGGUUUUUUCAAUUUUGUCAUUUCUGGAUGAUCAGAAAAAGCAUGGAAAUCUUUCAGAUGACCAAGUAGAGAGUAUUGAAGUUGCUUAUCAGUGUUUGGAGUCUGCCUAUAAAAUAAAUGUCCAUGAUCCUGACAUGCAAGCCAAGUACCAGGUUCAGAGAAAUUUGCUCGAUAUCUUCAAUUCACAAAUGCCCAGUACAGAUUUUGCAAGUUUAUCUUUGCACGAAGCCUCACUGGAGGAAAAACAGGAGGCAGAAGAUUGGAAGAAUAAAGGGAAUGAUUUCAUGAAGAAUAAUAAAUUUUCUGAUGCAUUGGAGUGUUACGCUAAAGCUAUCAAUCUGGAUGGGAAAACAGCAGUCUACUACUGUAAUAGAGCUGCUGCUUACAGCAAGUUAAACAAGCCCCAGUUAGCUAUAGACGACUGUAACCUAGCUCUCACCAUUGAUCCGAGUUACAGUAAAGCGUAUGGACGACUAGGAAUUGCCUACACAGCCAUAAAUGACCAUGAAUCGGCACGAGAGUGCUAUCGGAAAGCAUUGGAACUAGAUCCUGACAAUCAGAGUUACCAGAACAAUUUAGAAAUCGCUGAGCAGAAAGCUAGAGAAUUUGCAUUUGGGGCUGGGUUCGCGGGAGGACCGGCAGGUGGUUUUGACAUGGGAGGAUUGUUGAGUAACCCUGCAAUGAUGAACAUGGCAUCAACCAUGAUGGCAAAUCCAGAAAUGCAGCGGAUGAUGGCAAAUAUUUUGUCUGGGACGACACAAGGGCAGGGAGAAGGUGUGCCCAGUGAACAGGGUUUAACAUCACUACUACAAGCAGGACAGCAGUUGGCAUCACAGAUGCAGCAGCAGAACCCAGACCUUGUAGCCCAGAUCAGGAGUCAGUUCCAGGGCCAACCCACUGGACAGGAACCACAAGAACCACCAAAAGAUUCUGAAAGCAAUCAAUGAUGUUGUGCUGUAAUCCCAGACGUCUUUCGCUAUCACACCAUCCCGGGAUGAAAUCAAGUUGUCAUCUCAAGUCGUCAUCGGACAGACCUCAUUGCAUGUAUCAUCUCCAUCACAUCAUUUCACAUGUGUGUUGUUGUUAGUCUUGGUCAGCUUGCACUUUACAGAAUGAGUCAAGAGCACUCUACUUAAAAGUUUCAAAACCAGAAACACUGGUAACUGAUCUCAUUGGCAGGCAUGUGAUCUUUCGGAUUUUUUUAUCAGAUUUCAGCUCCCUUUUUUUUGUGUGUAAACUGAUUUUCACAAAGUAAAUUUGAUUAGAUUUAAAAUGCUGAAAACUGACUUUUAUUUAGGUGUAGUGUAGAGGCUCCAGAUGUUUUUCUCAAUUUGACCAAACCAAUGGAUUGGUGAUGGUAAAACUAAUGUAUUCAUUAUAUUUUGUCACCAUCUUAUCUCUAUUUGAGAUCUAAGCUUAUCAAGAUAGGUAAAGGCCUUUAUAUAGAAUGCUCUCAGACUGUUCUAGCAAGUGUUUUCACUCACCAAGACUGGGUUGUUUUCUAAAUUGUUGACGGAUAAAGAGGAUGGGUAUUUGCCAUAAGUGGAAGCAGAAAUGUUUUAUUACAUUCAGUGACUUUGUUUCAUUGACUUAAUUGUUAUUAUGACACCUUGUUUGUUACCAACAGUAGUCAUUAAAUCCGAAACCCUUGGGUGACAGUACGAGGGUGAAGGGUGUUUUCCGCUAGUGGAAUAAAAAUGUUUUACUA